AGAACAAAAAAACUGCUUUCGGGCUGAACGAUCGUUGAAGCAUCAACAAUACCACACAGUUUCUUCACGAUCGAAGACCUGUUUGGACGGUUUCGCGAAUUGGAAACUCCCUUCGAACGACGAAAUCUAUCUUUAAUUUGGACGUAGAUUUUUUCUCUCUCUCUGCAUAUAAAAAUAAAGUCCCCAUCGCGUCCUUUUGACGCCUUUUUGCAUUAGGAAAAAUAUACACGAUUUUUUCGGUCGUUAUAUUUUCCCCAUCGUUUUGCUCUCGCGCGCGCACCGUUCUGAACGCAAAUUUCGAAUAUCGCAGUGCUACAUAAAAUAAGGCUACCGUGAAUCUGUAAGAUCACCGCCGAGUAACUCGUGUCCGUCUCGCUAAAACUUCUAAGCAGCAGCAGCAGAAGUACGAAAAGUUGUUCGUGUGGCCUUCGAGAGACCGUGUGUAGCUAGUGGCUAUGCUACGGGGAUAAAGUUGAAGCCCUUCGUCGAGCCUAAUAGCGAAACUUCUACUGGUUGUAUGCGUUCGUGCUGAGAACGAAGUUGAUUGGAGAAGAUUCUUGUUGUUGAGCAACUCGGUUCAUUAAUUUCAAGCAAGUUAUAAGCAAAAAAAAGUGCAUCGCAAUGUCCAAACCAAAAUCUCCAACGGGGCGUCCAAUUCCGGAGGCCGAACAGGAAGCUUUCUUCGUGAGGAGCAAACCGGAUCCGAUUCCGUUCAGCAAGUUCCUGUACAACUCCAAUGAGGGAACCGUUCUCGGUCGUACUGCCAUGUCAUGGGCCAAAAUCGGUACCUUCUACAUGAUCUUCUACUGCGUGCUGGCCGCCCUGGUUGCCGUAUGCAUGUGGGUAUUCUUCCAAACCCUCGACCCAAGGACACCGAAGUGGCAGCUGGAUCAGUCACUAAUCGGUACCAACCCAGGCCUGGGUUUCCGUCCACUCCCGUCAGAAGACAACGUCGAAAGUACGCUCAUCUGGUACAAGGGCACCGAAGAGAAAAACUACAAGCAAUGGACUGAUGCACUGGACGACUUCCUCCAAGACUACAGAACACCCGGUCAGAUUUCCGGCCGAGGACAGAACAUCUACAACUGUGAUUACACCCAUCUGCCACCGCCAAGGACCGUGUGCGACGUGGACAUCAAGCAGUACGGCCCCUGCACCCUGGAGAACCACUACAACUACCACAAGAGCGCUCCCUGCAUAUUCCUGAAGCUGAACAAGAUCUACGGAUGGAUCCCGGAAUUCUUCAACGACUCCGCCAACCUGCCCGGAAACAUGCCCAAGGACCUCCAGGAGUACAUCAAGACCGUCGACGACAAGGAGAAGCACACCAUGAACACCGUUUGGGUGUCGUGUGAAGGCGAGAAUCCCGCCGAUAUCGAAAAUGUCGGACCAAUCAAGUAUUACCCACGCCGUGGUUUCCCCGGCUACUACUACCCGUAUGAGAACUCCGAAGGCUAUCUGAGCCCCCUGGUGGCAGUGCAUUUCGAGCGUCCAAUUCGUGGAAUCAUCAUCAACAUCGAGUGCAAGGCCUGGGCCCGCAACAUCAAGCACGACAGACACGAACGGUUGGGCUCCGUACACUUCGAGUUGCUGAUUGAUUAGAACUGGCCGGCCCAGUCGUCCCGCCAGUAGCACCCGUCACCUGGUGCUAGCCAUGUGUCUAGCGCGCCGCUCUCCCUGCCCCGUACCAGUUCAAACCGAAGCGCUAGAUAGCCCGUAAUUCAAAUUUCGAAAACUCAAAUCGUCAACUAGGUCAAAAGUCAGCAACUUAUUCGCAGCUUUUUUAUAAAGUGUUUCAAGUCAGAUAAGCCAUCUUUCUACAAAAUUUUACCAUUUUGUCAGUGUUUCGAUCGUAAUGAAUUUUAAAAACGCUACCUUUCGCAAAUGCUUGUUUAUUUAAAUCCGUGAGAGUUAAUUAAGAUUAGGCGAUCUCCUUAGAUCUUCGUAGAGGACACAAAAAAAAACAACACAAAAAGACGUUAAGAAAAAUCUGUCUAUUAAGGAUGUAAGAUGUUGUGCUUGUAAUUUUUAUGAGUGUAAAUAAUAAAUGAGAGUCCAAAUCGUUAA